CCUCCAUCUAGACGGAACCAGAAAUCGAAGCCAUGGAGCACUCGGAUCUCAUCCUUGAUCCCGUCGCUUACACUGCAGACAGACCACCGUCCGAUGUCUAUCCAGCGGAAGCCUGUUGGUGCCUUCCUGCCUCCAAAUGAGCCACCUCCACCUCCGCCGCCGCCGCCGCCUUCUACCUCUUUCGAUGCUCCUCUUUUCGAAGAUCCUCGUCUUCCCGAACCUCUCAAAUCUCCGUAUAUGGCUGCUCCCAUCGGUGCUCCUCCCCCUCCACCAUCCGGGCCACCACCUGGGCCACCACCGCCUCCUCCUCAGCAACCAUUAUACUCGGUAGCAGAAUCAACAAGCCCCUCCAGCGCGGCCGGCGAUAGUUCGACUGUUUUUGAAUCGGCACAAUCCGAUACAUCAUCCUUGCCAUACCCGCAACACAGCCCUCCGCAACCUCCACAGUCAAAAGUGUAUCCCGCUCCGGAUCCAGAGACACCGGCAAUGUCAUCCCAGAUAUCGCUGCUGGUUAUGCAACAGUCCGAUAUCAUCAGCCCUGUAGACUACAGGAUCCCGCCUCCGCAUAUUAAUGAUCCGAUCCCGCCUUCUCCUUCUCUUCAAGCUAACCCAGUGAUUAUGGAUCCUAUCCCACCCUCACCCGAGCCGGCGAGGACAACCUUUACCAUUGCAGAAGCACUGGAGGAAAACGUUGCUGCCAACCCUGGCCUAGUCGAUGACAGCCAGGCCUCUGUUGGACUCGGCGUUACAUCAGGUGAAAGCGCCGAGAGCAGUAUAGCUAGGCAGCGAAGCAUGUCUUAUUCAGAGCGAAAGGACUCUCUUCCACCUUUGCAGGUGCUGAAAACUCGAUCAACGGCUCCUUUGCCGGAGCCUAGGGGACGAAGUGUCUCUGCACGUGUCAACUCGACGGUUAUGGAGGGCUCAAGGAUGUCCAUGUCCAUGUCGACCACCAAUCUACGACCUAUUUCCACCAUUAAUCAGAGUCCAACCAGGCGAAAGUUGCGCCGAAGUUGGAUGCCAGGUCGAUCUCGCUCCAGCUCGAUGGAUGCUAACCAUGCCAACAAAAUGGCUGCUUGGGUCAUGUCGGAUGGUAACAAAGCGGAAUACAACACGGCUUUCCUCACAAAUGGAGAAAAGGUCCCUGAACUUUGGAAUGAGAAUGGCGCAGUACUUGUCUACUUGUACCCCAAGUCUAGUGGACGCGGGCCGUCCUUCAAAGUACCGGAGUUUUGCGUCAGCUCCUCCUUCAUCUUCAACGAACUCAUCCGAUCAGACCUGGAGUCCUCGGGCACAAGAACCAGGGCCAGUAGCUUUACAGGCAGAAACAGCCUCAGUAACGAUGACGCUUCACGGGUAUCAUCUCCGACAUCGUUCCCAGUCGACCCAUCUGGGGACUUCCUUCACCUAUACCUUCCUCCUGCACCAUCAAAUGCUUCAUCGAGCCAGCUCGCGGUGCCUGCCACCGACAAUUCAGGAUCGGAGCUGGAUCGUCUGAUUGCGAUUCGGAAUGUGUUUGCUUUCCUUACAGGCCAGCCUCUUGUGGGAACUCCGAGACGACCUACAAACUUCCACGCCUUCCUCCAAAUCUCAGAUCUCCUGCAAGAAUUUUGUUUCUCAAGCCCUGAUGGAUAUACCUUUGGAAGCGCGGUUGAUUUGAGCUUCGGCUUUUACUCAGAGUCUCUUGGCUUUGGAGAUUGCCGCGCGAGCCGCGAACAAACACUGGAAGCUCUGAUUCUGGGCGAGCGCAUGCGGUGCCUGGAGCUCUACAACGAGGCUUUUGUACAUGCUGCAGGGAAAUACUCUUCCAUUAUGGAUCUGCGCCUACCCUUGUUUCAAGAAAUCUCACCUACCACACGGCAGCGAUUGGAAAAGGCUCAUUUCGACCUUGAAAAUCGCUAUCAGAACGUGAAAGAACAGCUUGAGCAGUUCGAAUUCCCCUCACUGUUUGCCGGUCUCGCAAAUUCGUCUUCUAUCCCUGAGCUGAGGCAAGUUCGAUUCAAGAUUUGGCGAAACUCAUUCAACAAGAUGAGGCAUUUUGUCUUGAGCUACUACAAAUCUGCAUUUGGUAGCUGGCCCCCCAAAGCUAGCAGCAAGAAGAAUCCUUUCGUGGAGAGCGGCUUGAAUCGCAUUGUGCUGAAGACGUUGUACUCAGACCACUGUGCCCUCUACGACUUGCUCGUAGAUCGAAACAGCCUUACCACAAGAGUUAUCGAUGAGGUGCCCACAGUUUCCAAAGAGGCUGAUGAGAUGAUUACAUCGGCCAUCCGUGUUCUCGAGUCUGAGUUUGAUCGUUCCAGACCUCCCGUUCUGCCCCCUGUUCCCUUUGAUCUCCCUCUGAUUCCGUCAAUGACGGCCAUUCUUGAGACAUACAACAAUCUUUCUCCUAGAGAACAGGCUAGGUUUGACAAGAAAGUCAAGGAGCCCGAAAUGUUGCUAGUGUUGAAUGGCGCUUACAACUAUGACACUGCUGGCAUUCAACUUCCGUUCUUGGACUACUUCAAAGAGUUUGAGGCUCGAGAAGCCAAGGGAAAGACGGCUCAAGAUCUCAUUGAUCAAAGAAUUGGUUAUUUCCUCUUCCUAUACGUCAUUCUUCAGUCACUGCCCAUGUUGGUUGUGGAUGCUCCCGACCUCAAAUAUGCUGAAGGCGUUGAGUAUUUCUUGUGCCAGCCUCCUAUGGGUAACCCGCCGUGGGUUGAUGACAAGGGAGUCCGAAGAAUGUGGUACGAAGUUGCGGGCGGUGGCUAUGUCGAGCUUUCCGCAGAUGCCGUCAUGUUCAGCGUGGAGGCCAUUUACCAUCGAAGCCACUGUUGGCUGGCCGCCAAGAUUUGGGAGGAAAUGGGUAAUUCGGCAACUCCGCCUCUUGAAGAUACAGCUUUGGCACCUCUUGAGCCUCCUCGGCCCAUGUUCCAGGAUGCUGACCCCGGCUUCAACAACGGCUCAAGUGGUCUCUCCGGCCAAAGCACCCCAACGUCAAUCCCAGGAUCACCCCAGCUCCGGCCUCGACCGCGUAACCAGUCCCCGGCUAGCCGUCGUAUCAGCACUGCUGGGAACCGCUCGAGUAUUAUGAUGGGCUUGGAGCCUGUUCCCCUCGAGCCGCCGCCAAAUCUUUUUGGCGUCCACCAGCGAAGCAGCUCGCUAGGCCCACGACCGCCCAGCAGCCAUAUCUCCAACCGGUCUUCCUCUGUCGGCAAUCUCGUCGGUAUGAAUUCACGGAUGUCAAGACCGAGCUCUCCGGCCAGACCCGCUGCAGCGACGUCCGGAACCACUUUUGAUGAUAUUUUGGGAGAAGCAAAUAAGAAAAAGGCUCCCAAAAAGAAGGGUAGAUUCUUCUAA